GCCCUGCACGCCUGACAGUGAUAAAGUAGAAAGGCUCCCAGAGUAGAAGUGGUGUGGCUUUGAAAGACAAAAGGAAAGUGAGGCAGACUCCGCCACACGGCUCUAAUUUGACACGAAGAGAAAAGAGGAGGAAAACAUAAACAAAAUCUAAUCCAAAACUACAAAAGUUAUCAUCAAGAGGACAAGCGGAGUAGAUAAACAUGGAUCUAAAGAAUGAAAACUCCUCAAAUGGCUCCAUGCCAGAGAUCAACUUGGAGAAGUUACACAAGAUGGCUGCAGAGCUGAUACUGCCGGGGAAAUUCAUCCUCAGGUUCCUGAAUGCCGCUCUGGUGUUACUUACAAACUUACUGGCCAGAGUUUUGGGAAGCAGCCUGGUCAGAGGACACUUCCACCUGAUGCUGUCUGGUUUGGUUCUGUUUGGUCCUGUGCUGAGCUUCUGGGUGUCAAAAUACAGCAUCUUCGCCAACAGCAACCACUACCUGUACAGGAAGUUCCUUAAGUCCACUUGGGGUUGGACCUGCGUCUUCACGGGUUCCUUCAUCCUUCUCCUCUCCACCUCAGCCCGCCACUCCCCCUCUCUCUCCCUCCGCCACCUCUCUCGAAUAGGGGUGGUGGCGCUGCUCUGGUGGGGCUGUCGGCAUCUCCUGGCCCUGCUGGAGGAUGCAGCGGGAACCUGUUAUGAACCUAUGACCCCGGCCCAGGAUGCCCAAGGCGCUGCCUCCUCAGUACAGCCCCUGCUGCUCCUGCAUGAGGACCAGACCAAGGCCUCCUGUCUCCAAGCCAACAUGGUGUGGAGAGGUUACGAAGUAUCCCAGGAUGUCCUCAUCCUCUGUUUGUGUUGCCUGCUGCUGGUGGAGGAAAUGUCCGUCUUUGGCCCUCACCUGGUUCAGGCAGAGCCUCUGCAGAGGUCGCCCGGUGGCCCUUUAAGGUUCAUCUUCCUCUUAUGUGUACUUCUACUUGCAGUUUUGAUGUUCCUGCUGCUGUGUUUGCUCGCACACUUCCCCCAGUUCCCCUCCCAGCAGCUGGGGGGAGCUCUGGGCUACCUUGGAUGGAGAGGACUCUAUCAGGGAUGGUACAGACUCAAACCGAGCUGGGGCUGUCCUGGUCUGCCAGGAGAGGGACUUUUUACCAGCACAGAGAUUGACAAACAGCAGUAGUAUGAAGCCCUCAGUGGGUGUUUUGAGGGUGUGAAUGUAACCUUGAAAGCUCAGAGUUUUUGAUAGUCGUGGCUUAUCAUUAAGGUUGUGAAGAGAAUGUAGGUAUAGUGUUUUACCUUUGACAACAUUACAUAACUCUGCCUUUAUGAACAUGAAGGUUACUUUCACUGUACGUAAAUAUUAGGCUAAAAAAACACAUUUUAAAUUCCCAUUUGGACAAAAGAAGCACAGACAGAUUUAUCAGAAUCAUGUUACUUUAUUUUGUAAUCUGAACCAAAAUGAAAGCACAGUAUGAAAAAGACGACUUUUUUGUCAGAGAAGGUGUAUUGUUACUUGAUAAGAGUGUCAUACUACACUGGUUGUAUCUUGUUAGAAAGACUGUGAGUGUGCUGGAGUCAGUCUCAGUAGAUGAGAGCUUUGCCGUCUCCUCUGGGCUUCUUAAUCUUGUCAUAGUUCUUGUUAAUGAUGUCAAACAGCACGGCCUGGAGAGACGGAUACAGAGAGGAGACAUCAGUGGAAAUGUAGUGCGAGAGAGAUAGAAGAAAGAUAGACAGCGUGUGAGAGAGACAAAAAAGGUUAGGGGCGGUGAUAAAAGCGAGAGAGACGCCCAGAUCCAGAGCUGUAAUCGUGUCAUACAGCUCCUUUCAUCAUCACCUGUACCGCCUUGUUCAUUAACAGCAUCAAACACACGAGGACAAUAGCCAGAGGAAGGAGACAAACAGUGAUUAAUGGAUGGAAGAUGGAACACCAAUCAAUUUAACACAAGCACAGCAAUUAGUUUAAUUACCCUCCUAUUAAGAAGGGAUGGAUUCCAUUUAGCCACCGUCACUACUGCUGGGACAUGGCUGGAAUAUUUUAUAAUGUGUGGGUGGUUUUAUUCAAAAUACAGUGCGUGAUUGCAACAGAUGGUGUAUGAAGUUUGAUACAUGUGAUUUACAAUAUUCAGAUGACGUGCACUCUUUAAAGCAGUCAGAUGGUUGUCAAAUCAGUUGUGCGUCGACAGUUUUUACACAUUUCCACACAAACACACAUAUGAAAUAAAACAUGAGGGGGUACGCGUCUUACAUAUGUGUUGCGGAUGUCCAGGACCACAAGGCGGAGCUCACAGUACUGAUACUGGUCCAGCUCAUGAACCAGCUGUCGGUAAUCUCCCUGCAGCAAAAAAAAAAAAGCACACAACAGAGUUUAUAUGCAAAAUCAUACAGGAGACGGCACAACCUGUACGUACCCAAUUUGUGCAGAGCAGAACAUUUUAAAAAUAGCAUAAAUAGAGCAUACAGUCUGCAGGUGGAGCACAAUGAACAUCCAUAUGUUUUAUAUUCAUUUAUUCUCUUUAUCACUCUGAGUUCCAAUUAAAUCAUUACUAAAAUAAAUUAAUAAACGGAAACAGAACGGAAAUAUCUGUAUUACAAUGGCUCAAGAUACACAACGUGAGAUACUGACCACAUGGGAUUGUUUGGAGGCUUUGGCCACAGCAUCACCUCUCUCGCUGUAAUAUCUAAAAACAAACAAACAAAGGAGAAGUUACUUGUCAACAGGAUAUCACUACCUGACCUGAAGUUUGCUAACAUUAGCUAAUAUUAGCCACCAUAAGCUACUGGUCACAGCCAUUGACUAUUUCUAAAUAAGAUGGAUGACAUGACAGCUCCCCAAAAGUGAAGCAUGUCAUGACUGACAGCUGGCUCCAGUAAGAUGGCAGCGGCCCUAUGCGGCUAUUGGCUUCAUUUUUGCAGCAGGAAGUGGAGACGCGAUGUCCAUCUUUACAUAUGUCAGUGGUCACAUCAGCCAGUGUACUCAGUGUACUGAAUUGAGCAACAGUGUGUUUUAUUGCCUAUGAAUUGUAUGAGGGGAAAGUUGUAUAAUUUCUUCUCUCAAAAGUUCCGUAGUUUCACUUAAAAAUGAAGGAGUUCUUGCAUUUCGCACUGAGCGCACUGAUGCGUGAACUCAUUACACAGAUGUUCCUGAAGGGAGCUGUAAAUAACAGUCAAGAUGUCAAACUUUGAAACGUCUGGAAGUCCCUGCAGCCAUUAAUAAAGGUGUAUUCAGUUAGUAUGACUUCUAUCUCUUUUCAGGACUGCAUGUGGUAUUAGUCCAUGGGACUGGCUAACAGCUCCUGAACACUGUCGUUUUUUGUUUGGGCUAAAAAACACAGCUAUGAUGCUGAAAACUGCAUAUGGUGUUUGAUCAUCUGAAACUGAAAACCUAAAAGAGCUAUUAAACCAACCAAACUUACUGACACCUGUGUGGGUGGAUGAAGGUGGACGGGGACACAAACGACUACAUCAGUGUUGAUGAAAAGAGACGAUGGGGCUGUAUCUUCUUAUCAUUCAAACAAAUAAAGAAAAAUCCACCACAAA